GCUCCACGCAGCGCCUCUGCCCCGGCGUCUCGACGUGUCACUGGCGGCGCCGCGGCUGUGGCAAGAGAAGGAGCUGACUGGGGGAGUUUGAGGUGGCGGGUGGCGGCGGCGGCGGCAGCGACCCCGGCCUGGAUCUGCCCCGGCGCGGAAGUGUUCUGGAGUCCGUGGGGUACAGGAGAGGGAGGUAGAAGCCCGGCCCGCUCGGGCAAGAUGUUGAACAUGUGGAAGGUGCGGGAGCUGGUGGACAAAGCCACCAAUGUGGUUAUGAAUUAUUCAGAGAUCGAGUCUAAGGUUCGAGAAGCAACGAAUGACGAUCCUUGGGGACCUUCUGGGCAACUCAUGGGAGAGAUUGCCAAGGCUACCUUUAUGUAUGAACAAUUUCCAGAACUUAUGAACAUGCUUUGGUCACGAAUGUUAAAAGACAACAAAAAAAAUUGGAGAAGAGUUUAUAAGUCAUUGCUGCUCCUAGCUUACCUCAUAAGGAAUGGAUCAGAGCGUGUUGUUACAAGUGCCAGAGAACACAUUUAUGAUUUGCGAUCCCUGGAAAAUUACCACUUUGUAGAUGAGCAUGGCAAGGAUCAAGGUAUAAAUAUUCGCCAGAAGGUGAAAGAAUUGGUUGAAUUUGCCCAGGAUGAUGACAGGCUUCGUGAAGAGCGAAAGAAAGCCAAGAAGAACAAAGACAAAUAUGUUGGGGUUUCCUCAGACAGUGUUGGAGGAUUCAGAUACAGUGAAAGAUAUGAUCCUGAGCCCAAAUCAAAAUGGGAUGAGGAGUGGGAUAAAAACAAGAGUGCUUUUCCAUUCAGUGAUAAAUUAGGUGAACUGAGUGAUAAAAUUGGAAGCACAAUUGAUGACACCAUCAGCAAGUUCCGGAGGAAAGAUAGAGAAGACUCUCCAGAAAGAUGCAGUGACAGUGAUGAGGAAAAGAAAGCAAGAAGAGGCAGAUCUCCCAAAGGUGAAUUCAAAGAUGAAGAGGAGACUGUGACGACAAAGCAUAUCCAUAUCACACAGGCCACCGAGACCACCACCACAAGACACAAGCGCACAGCAAACCCUUCCAAGACCAUUGAUCUCGGCGCAGCAGCGCAUUACACGGGGGACAAAGCAAGUCCAGAUCAGAAUGCUUCAGCUCACACACCUCAGUCUUCACUUAAGACUUCAGUGCCUAGCAGCAAGUCAUCUGGUGACCUUGUCGAUCUGUUUGAUGGCACCAGCCAAUCAACAGGAGGCUCAGCUGAUUUAUUUGGAGGAUUUGCUGACUUUGGCUCAGCUGCUGCUUCAGGCAACUUCCCUUCCCAAGUAACAGCAACAAGUGGGAAUGGAGACUUUGGUGAUUGGAGUGCCUUCAACCAAGCCCCGUCAGUCCCUGUUGCUGCCAGUGGCGAGCUCUUCGGCAGUGCCUCACAGCCAGCUGUAGAGCUUGUCAGUAGCUCACAACCAGCUUUAGGCCCACCUCCAGCUGCCUCAAAUUCUUCAGACCUGUUUGAUCUUAUGGGCUCAUCACAGGCAACCAUGACAUCUUCCCAGAGCAUGAAUUUCUCCAUGAUGAGCACCAACACUGUAGGGCUGGGUUUGCCCAUGUCAAGAUCACAGCCUUUGCAAAAUGUUAGCACAGUGCUGCAGAAGCCUAAUCCUCUCUAUAAUCAGAAUACAGAUAUGGUCCAGAAGUCAGUCAGCAAAACCCUGCCCUCUACUUGGUCUGACCCCAGUGUAAACAUCAGCCUGGACAACUUACUACCUGGUAUGCAGCCUUCCAAACCCCAGCAGCCAUCACUCAAUACCAUGAUUCAACAACAGAAUAUGCAACAGCCUAUGAAUAUGAUGACCCAAAGUUUCGGAGCUGUAAACCUCAGUUCUCCAUCGAACAUGCUUCCUGUCCGGCCUCAAACUAAUCCUUUGAUGGGGGGACCCAUGCCUAUGAGCAUGCCCAAUGUGAUGACUGGCACCAUGGGAAUGGCCCCUCUUGGAAAUAGUCCAAUGAUGAACCAGAGCAUGAUGGGCAUGAAUAUGAACAUAGGGAUGUCAACUACAGGGAUGGGCCUGACAGGCACAAUGGGAAUGGGCAUGCCCAACUUAGCCAUGACUUCUGGAACUGUGCAACCCAAGCAAGAUGCCUUUGCAAAUUUCGCCAACUUUAGCAAAUAAGAGAAUAUAAAGGAACAGAUUGAGUGAAGGAUUUUUAGCGGUGUAGAUAGGUGAUGUUGGGAUGGAAAAUGCUAAUCAAUUCCCCUUUCUUUUAUCAGUUAAUUAAAAUAAACCUACAUUAAGAGCCAAAAAGGCUGUUUUAUAAAAGUGAAAUGUCUAGUAUUUUAGAUGGCCAGGCAAGGGCACUUCAGAUAAAGGCAGUCUGAAACAUUUUUCCAGUGAGACCACAAAUGGGGUAGUGAGAUCGUGGAAAGCCUUUAUAAAUUGAAGAGCCAAUUUUAAUAUCAUAAUAUGUGGGAAGACUAGAAUAGGGCUGAAUAAACGUGUUUGAAUCUCUAGUUUUAUACUUUUCUUUUCCUGAAGAACUUGAUUUUUCUGUCCCUGAAUCACCUUGUCACAAUUGGGUCUGUUCCUUUUACUACCACUCUUGAGUCCAUAUAUGAAAUCAUUAAAGUUGGAUGAUCAGUUUUUUAUAAAAAUAUAUAUUUUUGUCCAAAAAAGGCAUACAUAUGUGAUUAUGGCUAAAUCAAAGGUAACUGGAAUGUAUAUACUUUUGCUAAUGUUCCAACAACACUGCUAUUAUACUAUCCAAAUUUUUAUUGUAACAAAACCUCUAAACCUCUUUAAGCAAUUGGUAACAGCUAUGGGACUUUUCCCAUUUCUUCUGCUAUAAUUAUCCUGUGCAGAACUAGAAAAAAUAUUUUUUGGGGGACUGCUCUAUGGUUUCCUUUAAAAGAAAAAAAACCUCCAGUAUUUUUGUUUUUAGCAGUCGUUAUUUACACUUUGCAGUGAUUAACUUGGCAAGACUUCCCUUCCAUGUUUAUCCCUGUAGCCACUGGAGUAAUAGUCAGGAACAGUCAAAAGAGAAAAAUAUUUAUUUUUUUUGGUGUCUUUUAAAAAAAAUUGAAAAGGUGAAAAUUCAUUAAGACCUUAAAUAUAAAUGUAAGAACUCAACAAUGUUGGCUUUUAGAUUUUAUACAGUAUUGUUUUGUUUUGGUUUUGAGUGUAUAUAAUAUGGCAUUAGCAAUAUGGUUCCAAUAGAGGCAAGUUAAAUAUCUAUAUUAUUAAAGGAGACCUGUAGCAGUCAAAGAUUUUAUUGACUUAAUGCAAAUAAAGGAAAUUAAUUAAAAUGUUUUUGUUUUCUUGCUGUAAUUCUGCAUUAAGCUCACAUGAAAAUCAUGAUUCUAGAGUUUGGAAUGCAAAAUUGUUUCACCCUCAAGCUGGGAAUAUUUUUUAAAAUGAAUACUAUAAUACAGGUAUCAAAUUAUUACCUCCCCACUUUGUGUUGAAAUUUUUUAAAUUGAUGAAACUUUGUUUCCAUUGUAUUCAUAAAGUUCUGUUAUACAUAACAUUAAAAUGUUCAUUAAAAUCAAUGUUGAACUGCUUUUUCUUUCAUUAUGUUAGACAUUUGAGACCGUUUGGGGAAAAAAUAAUUAUAAUUUGGGUAAAGUAAUUUUUAUAAAUAAUUUAAAAUUAUUUAAUGACUUCUCUAUUCCUUCCUAUCAGACUCUACUGUUAGGAAUUAAAAAUGAAGCAGCAAAGAUAUCCUGACCCGCUCCAUUUUUGCUAAUGUUCCAUCUACAACAUUUCUAAUUAGGCAGAAAUUCAUGUACUUCUGCUAAGCAGUAAUGAAAAGUGAUUCAUUUGCUGAAUAAGAGAUGAGAGAGAGUGUAAUUAGCUGACUGUGGUUUUUAAUCUUUCAACAAUUCAAUGUGUUUAAAUUAGUUUCAAAGAAUAGGAGCUUUCAAGUGCUGUUACUUCAGAGCAAUCAAACUGGGCUCUGGAAGCAGCAUGAAGAGUAUCUUCACUGAUAUUUGAAAUCUGUAAUCAUGAAUUUUUUCUUUAAAUUGAAAAGUAUAGCAUCACCUUCUCAAAUAUAUACGGUCCUUAAAAGAAAUAGUUUGUUUCUAAACUUU